AUGGCUAUGCUACAGCUUGACGAGGAUCUGAAGAAGCUGACACAGUCGGCCCAGCUGUCAAAUGCGCUUGGACAUGUCGACAACAUCAUCGACCUUCUGACCAACGCAAGAGAGAAGAUCGCUACAGCAAACGACCCACAUACCACGAGUUUAACGCUCACGAAGCUGCAAAACCCGACACGAGAAGGCCUAGAAGGCGUCAACGAACAUCUCAGAAAUGUACACAGAGCGCAAACCAAGUACAACAAGGCCCUUACGGCCGCAUUUGAACCAAAGGACAAGAACCUUAAGGGUCCCCUACCCACCAACCAUGAUCCUAUGGCAGACCAUCCUCAACUCAUCAACCGCGCCAUCGCGAUGCAUCUUCUCCGCGAGGGUCAGUUUGGCGUGGCCUCGACAUUCAUAAGUGAGGCCGAGCCAGGACCAGAACCCGGCGCCUCGCAAUACCAACGGCAAACUCGACUUCCACCCUCAACCCUCCGCUCACCCACCUCGCCCCGCUCUCCUACCCCCACCGAUGCGACGAUGGACGCCGAGAUACCGGUUGAACUUCAGUCGGAGGCUCUCCAAACCGCCUUCUCAGACAUGUAUUCUAUACUAUCCUCGCUCAAAGCACACGAUCUCUUUCCCGCCAUAGACUGGGCCCAUGAAAAUGCAGCUGAGCUUGAAGCCAGGGGUUCCAACCUUGAAUUUGAGUUGUGCAAAUUGCAGUUUAUCUGGCUCUUCAAAGGACCACAAGUGAACGGCCUCCCUGACAGCUCGGCAAACGGGCGUUCCGGGGCCCUGGACUAUGCGCAGAGAAACUUCAGCCGCUUCCGGCACCGACAUUUGCGCGAGAUCCAACAACUCAGUUGUGCCAUGGUGUAUGCCUCCAACCUCGGCGCCUCCCCUUACCGUGUCAUCUUUGACACCACCCUUGCCUUCGACGAGGUGGCGGCAUCCUUCACACGCGAGUUUUGCUCACUCCUCGGUCUUUCCGCCGAAUCACCCCUUUACAUAGCCGCCACAGCCGGUACAAUAGCUCUGCCACAACUGAUGAGAUUCUUGAACAAGGUCAAGGGGAAAAACACCGAGUGGACGACGGAACAGGAACUCGCAUUCGAGACCCCUCUCCCCAAGAGCAUGAUCUACCAUUCCAUCUUUGUGUGUCCUGUCAGCAAAGAACAAACGACAGACGCCAACCCGCCGAUGAUGCUGCCGUGUGGACACGUACUGGCAAGAGAGAGCUUACAAAGGAUGACUAAGAACGGCCGGUUCAAGUGCCCAUACUGUCCCAACGAGGGUAGUGCCAAGGAUUCGAAAGAGAUAAUUCUGUAA